GAAAUUUAGAUAGACAUGGCUCGUACUCGAGGAGGUUCCUCUUCACAUCGCGGAGAGAGUUUGUCACAGGGUGAGAGGCGAAGACCAACAGCUUCUGCUCGUAGAAGACGUGGAGCAGUUGAGUCUGAUAUUCAUGUUGAGGACCAAGGAGAUGUGAGGUUUCACGAGGAUACAGUUGAGGAUCAUGAGGAUGUUGUUGAAGGUGGAUUUCCUGGAGGUCCAUUAAACGCUUCAGUAUUGACACAUUACAUUCACCAUGUUGCUUAUGCGAUAUGGCAGGGUCGGGAACGGGAGGAGAUCAAGUUGACAAUGACUUGUGGACCGGUAUCAGAUGUCAAAAAUAAACCUCUAAGCUUUUGAAGAGCCCAAGUGAAAUUAUUUUGACGCUCACUUGAUAAGAAUGCAAAUGCGACUGAGUAGGUUAACCCAAUAGAUGUCAUACCAACAAUCUCUAACAAUGGCAACCGAUAUUUAUUUGUUUUGUAAGUUGAAUCCAUUAACAAAACAACAUUAAAUGCAUUUAAUAACUUGAUUGCAUCAGGAUGUGUCCAAAAGAGGUCACUAACAACUUCAGAAUCCUCUGCACAUCUACUCCAAUGUAUGUAAUUAUCCCGAUCCAACAUCAUCAUCAAUUGUUGCAGCUCAGUUCU